AUGGCGAGGAGUACAUAUCAGGCAAAGAAAAUAUUGAAAGCAAUGGGUUCAGGGUACACAAAGAUACAUGCAUGUAUCAACAACUGCAUUCUUUUUUGGAAUGAGUACAAGGAUGAAAAAGUGUGUCCUACUUGUAAAGCACCCAGAUGGAAAGUUGACAGGGAUGGUAAAGUUUACGAGAAUGUUCCAGCAAAGGUAUUGUGGUACUUCGACAUCAUCCCAAGAUUUCAGCGGCUGUUUCAAUCGAAGCACACAACAGAAGAUUUGAUAUGGCACGAUAUCACUAGAAACAAAGACGGUGUUUUACGUCAUCCGGCAGACUCACAUGCUUGGAGAGAGAUAGAUAACAAUUUCCCAGAAAUUAAAGGUGAUCCAAGAAAUCUGCGGUUAGAUGUUUCGGCUGAUGGAGUUGAUGUAAACACAGGUACCAAACAUCACAGUGUAUGGCCAGUUUUGGUUGUGAUUUACAACCUUCCACCGGGGUUGUGUAUGAAGAUAAAGUUCAUCAUGUUGUCGUUACUUAUAGAUGGUGCGCCAGGAAACAACAUCGAUGUCUUUUUAGAACCUCUUGUUAAAUAUUUUCAAUUCUUAUUUGAGAAGGGAAAGAGAACAUGGGAUGCAUAUGCCCAAGAAAUGUUUACUCUACGUGCAGUUGUUUUGUGGACGAUAAACGAUUAUCCUGCUCUUGGUACACUAUGUGGUUGUCGCUACGCUGGAUAUCAUGGUUGUGUGGUGUGUCGGAAAAAAACGCACAGUAUUAGGCUUCAUGACUCAAACAAGAAUGUUUAUGUUGGUUAUAGAAUAUUUUUACCCUAUGAGCAUCCGUUCAGAAGGCAGAAGGGGGCAUUUUGCGGAAAACAAGAGUGGGAGACUGCUCCAGAACCAAUGACCGGGGAAGAAAUAUAUGAGGAGGUAAAAUGUAUAAAGAAUUCAUGGGGAAAGAAGGGGACGAAUACUCAAGGGGAAGACGUGCAGGCUACACCUGGAAAAGGUGGAAAGAUGAAGCGCAUCAGAAAAACGAAAAUUGAGCGCAUCAGAAAAAUAUCAAAAGAAGUCGAUAGGUCAGGUGAGGAAGAGGAAGGCAGGGAAACCACUUACUGGAGCAAGUACAACAUAUGGCAUAGACUACUUAGAUAUUGGCGCUAUAAUGAUGUCCAACAUUGUAUUGAUUUCAUGCAUGUCGAAAAGAAUUUGGGACAAAGUCUUGUUGGAACGUUGCUGCACAACGGGAAUACAAAAGAUGGAUUAAACGCCAGAAAGGAUUUGGUGCGUUUGGGGUUAAAAUCGGAGUUACACCCUAAGACAGAUGACAAAGGAACGAUACUUCCCGCAGCAUGUUAUACAUUAACUACGGAAGAAAAAGACAUAUUCUUGGAGACACUAUCCGAGUUAAGAGUUCCAGAAGGAUCAAUAUCUGCCAAAGAAAUCAUGGUGGAAGAGCUAGAUAAAUUGCAAGAGGAUCUCUGUGUGACGUUAUGCUUACUAGAGAAGGAAGUGAAGUUAUGCGGUCCGGUUUGCUUUCGAUGGAUGUAUCCUUUAGAAAGGUGUAUGAAGGUUAUAAAGGGGCAUGUGCGAAACAAGAAUCAACCUUGUGGAUGCAUUGCCGAAGAGAAUGUUGCAGAAGAGACGAUUGAGAUAUAUUGUGAGUACCAUAAAAGCAUCAGGACAAUUGGUAUUCCACUAGAUAGGCAUAAUACAUCUCAGGAGGGAGAACCGUUAUCAACUGAAGAGCCGUGUAUAGUUACCCCUGAACAGUUGAGACAAGCACAUUUCUAUGUAAUGCAGAACACGCCUGAAAUUGAGCCUUACAUAGACCGACACAAGCUAUAUUUGGAAACUAACUAUUCUACUAAAAAGCGAGUAUGGCUGGAGAAAGAGCACUCUAACACUUUUGGCGCUUGGUUAAAAAAUGAGGUUGAAAAAGAGUUGGCAGACGACAGAGAAAGUAUCUCAGAGAACUUAAGAUGGAUAUCACACGUCCCGCACUACGAGGUAACGAAAUACACUGUAUAUCGCAUCAAUGGAUAUCUAUUCCGCACAAGAUCCCGUGAUGGUAGAAUUCACCAGAAUAGUGGGGUUAGCGUUGCAGAAAAUGACAUGCACAUAUCUAGAGAUGAUGACGUUACAUAUGGUAAAGCCUCUUAUUAUGGUGUCUUGCAAGAGAUAUGGGAGUUAGAUUACUGUGAAAGAAAAGUUCAUCUGUUCAAGUGCAAUUGGGUUGAUAAUAAACGUGGGGUCAAAAGAGAUGCUAUUGGCUACAAGAUUGUUGACCUUACUAUGUUGGGAUACAAAAAUGAUCCUUUUAUUUUAGCCUCACAAGAUAAGCAGGUAUUUUAUGUCAAACACCAGUUAGAUAAGAAAAAGUCUAUUGUUUUUGUGGCACCUCCCAAAAAUUAUAGAGAUGACGAUGGCAACGAUGAGGAAUUCAGUACAGUAUUCUUUUCUGGGAAUGAUAAUAUCUUGCCGUCUGUAGAUCCACAAGACUUGGGUAAAGAAUCCCGAAAUGAUUACUUCCGAACUGACUGCCGAGGUUUACUUAUAAGCAAGCCAAAUGACACACUCCCGCAGAUAAUGGUGAUUUCCAGCAGUGACCAUUCUUCUAGCUCUUCUGUGGAGGAUUCCAAGAUUCCUAGGCCAGAGAUGAAGAUUUCUGCAGCAGAGGAACAUGCCAAAAUGGACCGGUCACUGAAGGAUGCUAAGGAGAUAAUAAAUGCCUCGGAUUCAGAUGCGGAGGAAGUUGAAUCUGCUUGGGAGCUUGUCGAACGCAAAGCUAAGCCACACCCGCCUAGUAUGAGGGAUGAGCAAUCGGCUAGAGCCGAUUUCCGAGCCGAAUGA